AUUUUCACUACAUAAUUAAUUAAUUUAAGGAUUUUUCAUCCAUUUAUAAGUUUGGCAACGCCACAACUAAAUGUCACUUGUCACCCGAUUCCACCCCCUCAGAUCGAUUUUUGACAGUUUGACGCAAGCGCGCCAGUGUCGUUUUUCCGUUUUUUGGGUUCGCUGGUCCUGAAUAGCGAGAUUGAAUUAUUGUUGCCCAUAUAUUCUUUCGAGAAAAUUCCACCGAAGACAGACAUUUAUUACAUAGUUCCUUUCCGGGCACACAAUGCAGUACAACAACGUGUACCACAAUAGCCAGAUAUACAGGUCGAGACCGGACCGUCAAGACCAGCAACAGCAGCAACAACAACAACAGCAAUACGGAAAACAACAGUCCAACUAUUGGAACGGACCUCCGCAGCACGCCAUCGCCCCAGUACAAGAUUUCGGAGGGCCCCAAAUGAGACAACAACAGUACAACAAUCGCAAAUUCCAAAACCGCAACUAUCAGCAGCAACAAGAUAACGCCAUGUCUGAAGGUGGUCAAUGGCAAUCGACAGGCGAACUUGAACCAUUCAAAAAGGACUUUUACGUGCCUCACAAAAAUACAACAACAAGAUCUGAAGAAGAUAUUGACAAGUACCGAGAGGUGAAGGACAUUAUUGUGCAGGGUGCCAACGUGCCUCAGCCCAACUUUAAUUUCGAAGAGAGCAGUUUUCCUGAUUACAUCAUGCAAGUGCUUAUGGGGCAAGGCUUCAACGAUCCUACUUCAAUCCAGGCCCAAGGUUGGCCUGUUGUUUUGAGCGGAAGAGAUUUAGUUGGUAUUGCUCAAACUGGUUCAGGCAAGACUUUGGCUUAUAUGCUACCGGCUGCAGUUCACAUUAACCAUCAGCAAAGGCCUCAAAGGGGAGAGGGCCCCAUUGCCCUUGUACUGGCUCCAACUAGAGAAUUGGCUCAACAAAUUCAGAAAGUCGCCCACGAAUUUGGUACCAACACAAUGAUCCGGAACACCUGUAUCUUUGGAGGUUCGCCCAAAGGUCCGCAGGCGCGUGAUCUAGAAAGAGGGGUUGAAAUUGUAAUUGCCACUCCUGGAAGGCUGAUUGAUUUUCUGGAAAAAGGCACCACCAAUUUAGCUAGGUGCACCUAUUUGGUGUUGGAUGAAGCUGAUAGGAUGUUGGACAUGGGAUUUGAGCCCCAAAUUCGGAAGAUUAUCCAGCAGAUCAGGCCUGAUAGACAGGUCCUGAUGUGGAGCGCCACCUGGCCAAAACAAGUUCAAGCUCUGGCCGAAGAAUUCCUAGUCGACUACGUCCAAGUUAACAUUGGAGGCCUUUCUUUGUCGGCCAAUCACAACAUCAAACAAGUAGUAGAAGUGUGCGAAGAACCCGAAAAAGAAGAAAAACUAAACGGACUUUUGAAACAAAUCGCUUCCGAUAGGAACAAUAAAAUAAUAAUUUUCGUUGAAACAAAAAAGAAGGUGGACGACAUUACAAAAGCCGUUAAAAGCGUCGGUUUCUCAGCAAUCUCAAUCCACGGCGACAAGUCGCAACCUGAGCGCGACUACGUCCUCAACGAAUUCCGCACUGGAAAAUUCUCAAUUCUCGUAGCCACCGACGUUGCCGCAAGAGGCCUUGAUGUAGAAGACGUAAAAUACGUCAUCAAUUACGAUUAUCCGAAUUCCAGCGAAGAUUACGUACACAGAAUCGGCCGUACAGGCCGUUGCGAGCAAGCCGGCACCGCCUACACCUUUUUCUCGGCCAACAAUCAACGUCAGGCCAAAGAUCUGAUAUCCGUGCUGGAAGAAGCCGGUCAAAACGUACCGGCCAAGUUGCAAGAGUUGGCACAAUCGUCCCGCAACGGCCAACAAACCGGCAGGAACCGUUGGAACCAACGCAACAAAGAUAACUCUUCUCCCAACUCCAACAACCCGAAUCAGCGCAACUCUUGGCAAAAGAAACCGCAAAACUUCAACAACGGAAUGGAGUUUUACGGUAAUAGGCAACAAAACGGUGGCGGGUCUCCUAAAAAUGGACCUCAACAGAACAAUUUCCAUCAAAAACCCAGAUACAAUAAUGGCGGAUUUCAGUACCAAAAUCAACAAUAUCAGCAACAGCAGCAACAAGCUUACCAGCAAAGCUACAGCCCGCCUUUGUACAAUCCUCAAAUGGGCGGACAACAAAGAAACAAUUACGCUCAAGGCAAUCAGCAACGCUUCAACAACCAACAAAGGUACCAGAACCCGCGCCACCAGCAACAGCAGCAGUACCACCACCAAUCGGCCGCCCCUUUUAUGCCUCAAGCUGGCAAUCAGGCUACUUACAUGAUGCAACCUGCUUCGGGUGUGCCUGAUGGGUUGCAAAGUAUUAUCGGGCAUAAGUUUUUCCAGAGCAGGGGCUUGACUGGUGCGGCCAAUCCUUGCGCUUACCAGCAGAAUCAGGGGGGUCCUUAUGGGGGACAGUACCCUGCUGCUGCUGUCAGUUACACUACGGCUGCCGCUUAUCAUCAGUAUGCAGCUGCUGCGCCUGCUGGGACUGUUCAGCAGUAGUGAGGGGUAUUUGGGUUGAAUUUAUUUCAAAAAAGAGAAAACACAAUCGCAACAGCUAACAGCGGACGCUAUGUAUUGAAACGCGCCAGCUCCCCGCUCUAGCAGACAAAUUUUUUUUAAUUAAAUAUAUAAUUGGGAGAUAAGUCAGACCUUUCAACGUUUCUUCUAAUAUUUAGUAAGUUUAGGCUUAAGGUAAGAGACUUCAGGGCAAUUAUUCUCAAAACAAAGAUACAGUAUAGUGUUCUCAUGCAAUACCUAUUUCUAUAACACAUUGAUAAAGACAAAGUUCUUUGGUUUCGAGAAUAAAUAUCCAGAUUGUAUGAGAAAGCGUUUUGUUUCGGCCAAUAUGGCUGGAACAAACCCCAAAAAAAAAAAAUUAAAUGUGUAGUGUGUAGUAAAUUUACCCUGUAUGCCAUUGAAAUGCACGAAACUAAUAGAAGGGGAGUUUCGGCUAUGUUUAAAAUAAACGAAAAAAAAAAAAAGUAUAGUAUUUAAACGAAAAAAUACCAUGAUAUUAUAUUAUUGAUGCUAAGCGGUGCUAAAAAAAAAACACAUCAAACAAAAACAGGAUCCCAAUUAAUUAUUAUUAGGUUUGUUCGUACAACAAUCACAAACCAGUCAGAAGGAAUUUCAUUGGUUGAAAACUAGUGUUUCAAUUCGUGAUUGGUUUGUGAUUACUGUGCGAACAGACUUAUUAUUGGCAAUAAUUUUUUGUCAAUCUUAUACACACAGUAUUCUUUAGGUUUUAAGUUUUUCUUUUGCCCCUUGAAGACACGCGCGCGAAUGUAAUUUUAGUUUUAAAACGAUUGCAGAAGGGCUGUGUUUCUAUUGGACAAAAAGAAAAAGCGCGGUAAUUUUGAAAGUAAAGAUGUUUUUUAGCCAAAGAAUAAAGAGUGAUUGUUUUUGACCAAGUUACAUGUAUGACUUAUAUUUUGUUUGAAAUCAAAGAGAGCAUUAUUAACCCAGUUUUGGUUAUUUGUCUUUAUUGUUUGACAAAAAUUCACAACUACGAGAAGGUAGUCACUUUGUGGAGAUCUUAUUAGAACUUCAUGGAUAUGUGUAUUUUUAAGUAUUUCUAUUAGAUAUCAACUGCUGGGCCUUGACUCUCAAACGUCGUUGCCAGUCAAGUACUCUGUCCAUGUAAAUUCAUAAGAUCUCCAUCCCUUAGGAGAACAGAAGAUUUCCACAGUGACUCUCCUCGUAUGGCUGUCAGUGCAGAUAUAUAAAACAAUCAAAUAAGUUUAUCUUAUUAUUUUUAAUCGCUCGAAUGUAAUAAUAAUCAUUGAAUAAAUGGGGUUUCAGUGAAAACUAAUAUUUUUUUAAACAAAACUAAAAAGGAUCUUUUUUAGCAAGGACUGCUAGUGUCGUGUAAAUAUAAUAUGUAGUAUUAAGUGAUGAUUUUUUUUUUAUUUUAAAAUCUCUCUAUCUGUCUCUCGUUUUGUCGUUUAUUAAGGCGUGGUGCUAAAUUAACUCGCGAUCGAACGGUCAACAAAUAAAUUAGCUCACGGUGACAUCUGUGAUAUAUUUUUUUUUUUUUUUCGAGAGGUAGCAAAGAAUAAUAACUUGUUCCGAAUAAUUGAACAAUACUAAAAGAGGGCGUAUAUAUAAUAUUGUGAUAAUUAUUCCCAAUUUUUAAUAUAAAGACUGAUGAAAAUAUUUUUCUCUCUCACUCGUUUUCUUAAGGGCCAAGUUAUCCUUGGCUUUUUUUAUCCUGUGGUUGAAUCAGGGUAGAAUGAAUUUUUUAAAAGAAAUAUUUUCGUAAUAGUUUUUUUUAGGGUUCACUUUGGCCUCUAAUAUAGACUAAUUGAUUUUUCCGCUAGCAGGGGGAAAGUUACUUAUUAUAUUUAUUGUAAAAUUAAAACGUACCUCGAAAAAAAAUUCGGAAAAAAUUGUGUGAUAAGUACACAUUAAAACUAAAAAUGAAGAGUAUAUUAUUCUGUGAUGUUAUCUAAUAGUUAAGCGCCAAUACGCAUGCGUAACGACAACUUGUGUAAUUAUUAUUUUUUUUUUUUUAAUUAAUAAAGAGUACCUUGAAGAAGAUUUAAGGCCUGGGCCCGAUUUUUCACAAAAAAAAAGCUGGCCUUUAACUCUUAAAACAAACAAAGUGAUAUAAUAAGUUUCAGAUACUCUUCUGUAAGUUUCAAGGUUUGUGCAUUUCUUGUAUGUAAUACAGUAUUAUAAUGUAAUAAUUAAUCUUAUUAUAAUGAUAGUGUGUUUAUUUUUUCUUUUCAUUUUGGAAAUUAUGAUUUUUUUUUUUUUUUUUGUUAUUAUUAUUAUUUUGUCAAAAUCGAAAUAAAUUUAAAUUAGCUAUUA